AUGGAUCAACAAGGGUUACCUCGCUUUAAGAAACCCUUCAUUGCAGACGAUGAGAUAAUGGAGCUGCUAUGGCAAAACGGUCAAGUUGUCACGCAGAGUCAAAACCAGCGUCAUAUCAACAACUCACCGCCGGGGAGAAACUCCGACGAGUCCACUCGCGGCCGAACUUCAUUGCCGAGGGAGAAUCAAUAUCUGUUCGUGCAAGAAGGAGAAAUGGCUCCGGUGCUUCAUUAUCCUAAUAACAAUGACGAUGUUUCUCCUUUGAAUCAACCUUUCAGCGCCGAUUUCCUUAAUAAUGAUACCAUGCAAACUCCACAAAUGAGAUCUGAGCAGGUGCCUCCGAACUUCCUUAAUAAUGGUACCAUGCAAGCUCCACAAAUGAGGUCAGAGGUGCCCCCGAACUUCGCGUCCUUUGCGAGGCACGGUGUUAGAGCCGAACCAGAAGCGUUACCUGCUGGGGAAUCAAUAGUAGAUUCAUGUGAUACACCUGAAGUGGCUGAAGGAGAAACCAGCUUGACGGCACCUUCGGCAACUUUUGAGGAAACAGAUGGUUGGAGCAGCGAUUUAACGGAUUAUUGGAGUAGCCAUGUGGAAAUGGAGGAGGACCCCAAGCGGAAGAGAAGGGAUGCGGAGGAAUGGGAGUAUCAAAGCCAGGUCAAUAGUCUCUCAGAGAGGAGGCGCCGUGAUCUAAUUAAUGAAAAAAUGAGAGUUCUGCAACAACUUAUACCUCGAUCUAAUAAGUUUGACGAAGAGUCUAUCCUCGACGAGGCAAUUGAGUACAUGAAGUCACUGCAGUUACAAGUUCAGAGAAUACAAUGUAUGCAGAUGAUGUCAAUGGAAUGCAGCAUGGUACCAAUGAUGUUUCCUGGAACCCAGCGGUAUAUGCCACCACCAAUUGGAAUGGGAAUAAACAGGCCAGUAAUGCCGUUUCCCAAUAUGUUUUCUGAUGCAGUUUCAGUUAAUGCAGAAUCAGGCAAUGAACCAAACAAAUGUCAGCAAGUGAGAAGGCGGCCGCCAGUCAGGAGAUAA